AUGGUAGGCGCCAUCACCACGUGCAGCCGCUCCGUGCAGGCGCCAUCAUCACUUGCCGUGCUCUGUGCAGGCUCUUGCAGUGCUCAGCGGUGGUAGGUCAGCAGCUCCCACAACACCCCUUUCAAGUAGUUUUGCAGUGGGUCCUCUUGUGAGACACUGCUUCUGAGCAGCUUUUGUGGCAUCUUACAGGGCAGAUUUCUGGUCCCACCCACCUCCACCUCCGCCAUGGCUGCAAGAACCGUUAUCAUUGACCAUGGGUCUGGCUUUGUGAAGGCUGGCACGGCUGGCUGGAAUGAGCCGCAGAUGGUCUUCCCGAACAUCGUGAACUACCUACCGUGCAAGGAGAACCCUGGCCCCAGCUAUGCCCAGAGGCGCGUGAGCCUGGGCAUCGACAUCUGCCAUCCUGACACCUUUAGCUACCCCAUAGAGCGGGGCCGCAUCGUCAACUGGGAUGCCGUGCAGUACCUCUGGUCAUUUGUAUUGGAGAACCACAGGCGGGAGCAUGAGAUCCCCCCUGUGAUUAUCACGGAGACCCCCUUGAGGGAGCCUGCGGACCGAAAGAAGAUGCUGGAGAUCCUGUUUGAGUUGCUGCACGUCCCAUCUGUCCUCCUGGCCGACCAGGUACAGAUGUCCCUGUAUGCCUCUGGCCUCCUGACCGGUGUGGUGGUCGAUUCUGGCUACGGACUGACCCGCGUGCAGCCUUUCCACCAGGGCCGCCCCUUGCCCUACAGUGGCAAGACGCUGGAGUUCGCCGGCCAGGAUCUCUCUGCCUACCUCCUGAAAAGCCUUUUUAAGGAAGAUUGUGAUAGACGCAGCGUGUUUCAGCUGGAGACGGUCGCUGUGACUCAGAUGAACAAGUGCUACGUGCCGCAGAAUCUGGGGGAGGCCCUGGACUUUCGCGAGAGCCAGCAGAGUGGCUUGAAUGAGAGCAACACCUAUCAGCUCCCAGACGGCUCCCGUGUGGAGCUGACCCCCAUGCAGCAGAUGGCUCCUGAGAUGUUCUUCAGCCCACAGAUGUUUGAGCAGCCAGGGCCCAGCAUCCCACAGGCCAUCCUGGAAUCCCUAGAGUCCUGUGAGAUCUCCCUGCGCCCCCUGCUGGCCUCCCACGUGAUGGCCUGUGGGGGCAACACCCUUUAUCCCGGGUUCACAAAACGCCUGUUCAGGGAGCUGAUGAUGUGGGAUUAUUUUUCCUCCAUCAGAGCCACGGUCUGGGCAGGUUCCAAUAGAAACUUCAGUGUCUGGCUAGGAGCAUCUGUGGUGGCUCACCUUUCUACCUACCAGUCUGAGUGGAUGUCCCGAGAGGAGUAUGGUGAGCGUAUGAGGGUAUGACCCUACUGGCUCACUCCUGAGAAUGGGCCCCUGUUAGAUGGGCAUGGGGGGAUUAAUUCCAGCAAAAUGUUCUGGGCAGGGGUAAAGUGAGAUGGGGUGGGGUUACCUGGCUUCGGAAUUAUGGGGUCAUGAGGGUAUUUUUUAGGUUUUAAGGUUUUAUCUUGUUGCAAGAGUGGGAUCCACCCAAGGGGGAAGAUAAGAUGUCAUCCUCAGAAACCCUACAGGGGACAGUUUUUCCAGAGUGGCCUGCCACUGGAGUAUGAGUGGCUGGCUGCCAUCUCCAUGUCUGAUAGCCACUGGUUUUUCAUUGGCAUCUCCCUUGGCUUGUCUCAUUCUUCUUAGUUGAGUAGAUUUUAAGUGGGAUAACCCUUCUGCUAGGAGUCCCAAUUAUUUUUGACUAGGGGAUGGGGGAGAGUUGACAUUUCUGGUCCCACAGACCCUUUCUGGCCUGUGAGGCAUUGCUGCAGGUGAGCCUGGGAUGCCCUCGCCACCGUUCUUCCUGUCUGUCUUCCUCCACUUUUGGAUCCACUGGUUGGAUCUUGUUUUAUAUCUGCAAAUAAACAGCUUGUCUGGAAAUAGUGCUGGCUCCUGUGGUGGAUGGGGGGGUGGACCCUUGGAGAGACUCAAUGAGUGUAAGUGUGAG